AACGAUCAGAUGUCACAGAAGAGGGAAUUCGAAGAAGCCAAAGGCGGCGCAUCCGAGGAUAAGCGUAGAAGAUUUAAAAGUGUGGUUCAGGAGGUAAUGAGAUUGCAAACUGUCAAACAUUUUCUCGAACCCGUUCUUGAGCCCUUGAUUCGUAAAGUGGUCAAAGAAGAAGUUGAAUUGGCUCUUGGAAAGCAUCUAGCAGGCAUCAAGUGGAUUUGUGAGAAAGAGACUCAUCCUUUGGAAUCAAGGAACCUACAGUUAAAAUUCUUAAACAAUCUAUCGCUUCCCGUGUUUACUUCAGCUCGAAUAGAAGGAGAUGAAGGCCAAGCUAUAAGAUUUGGAUUAAUCGACCCUUCAACUGGCCAAAUUGUCUCUUCUAGUCCCGCAUCAUCUGCGAAGCUUGAAGUUUUUGUUGUUGAGGGUGAUUUCGACAGUGAUAGUGACUGGACAACUGAGGAUAUCAGGAAUAACAUUGUAAGAGAGAGAGAAGGAAAGAAACCUCUACUCAAUGGGAAUGUAUUUGCGGUUCUUAAUGAUGGCAUUGGUGUUAUGGAUGAAAUCUCAUUUACAGAUAACUCUAGCUGGACUAGGAGCAGGAAGUUCAGACUCGGGGUUCGGAUGGUGGAUCAAUUUGAUUUUGUCAAAACUAGAGAGGCAAUAACAGAGUCCUUUGUCGUAAGAGACCAUCGAGGAGAGUUGUACAAAAAGCAUCACCCUCCUUCUCUUUUCGAUGAAGUAUGGAGAUUGGAAAAGAUAGGGAAAGAUGGAGCAUUUCACAAACGACUGAAUUGUUCAAAUAUAAACACUGUCAAGGAUUUCCUCACUCAUUUCCAUUUAAACACUUCAAAACUCCGACAAGUUCUUGGUACGGGUAUGUCUUCAAAGAUGUGGGAAAUUACGUUGGACCAUGCUCGAUCAUGUGUUCUGGAUAGUAGCGUCCAUGUUUACCAAGCUCCUGGAUUUCAGAAGAAAACCGCUGUUGUCUUCAAUGUCGUAGCUCAAGUACUUGGACUGCUCGUGGAUUUUCAGUAUAUUCAUGCUGAAAAGUUAUCUGAGAUUGAAAAGGCUCAAGCCGAGGUGAUGGUAAUUGAUGCAUUGAGUCACCUAAAUGAAGUAAUCUCGUAUGAUGAUGAGGUUUCCAUGAUGAGGAACGUUCUCAAUGUCCCGGCUUCUCAAAGCCGUGUCGGGAUUGAUUAUUCCGGUCUGAGUUUGACCAGUUUGGACGGCUACGGUUUUGUGUCUAAUCAUCACAACACAGCAGAAUGUAGUGGCCAGUACAGUGAUGAUGUUGACAUGGAAGUUACUCCACAUGGUUUAUACGAAGACUACGACAAUCUGUGGAAUUGCUCUCAGAUUCUAGGCUUCGAAGAACCGCAAUCUGAGUUGCAGAGUGCGCUUGACGAUUUCAUGUCACAGAAGAAUGCUUCGGUCGGUAAGGCUCACAGCAAAAGAUGGACAAAGCUCUUCAGUGUCUCGAAAUGGCUCUCUGUUUUCAAGUAUGUCACAAAGACGGGUGAUGCAUUAUCAAUAUCGCGUCGUGGAUUCCACAUCGAACCAGGAACUCGAGAGAAAGCUCUCUUGGCUGAAGAUUCUGCUUUGAAGAGAUUCAAGUCUCAUAAGAAAAGUGUGCACAAAUUGAAGAGGAUUGGUGAUGUGCUCACAGUCGUUGUUGUUGCAGGAUGUUGCUAUGAAAUCUAUGUCAAAGCUGUGAUGAGAAAAGAAGCUCUGGCUGAAGGAAAAAGCUCAUGAGUCUUCUUGUCUUUGUAUGCCUUUUUUUUAUUUUCCUUUAUACGUUGUCUCUUUCUAAUAAUCUCACAAUAAUGUUUGUUUACUCAAUGAAAAUGGCAUCUUAUA